ACUUAUAUUAUAAUUAAGACUUGAAUGGAAUUGUAAUACUUAUUAUAGUCAGGUACAGAAUUUACAAUGAAUUUAGAUAUAUAAUUAAAGUGUGUAUUUUACAAUAUCCUUACAGAUUUUGAGCCUCAAGAUGCAAUGAAGGAAUUACAAAGGAUAAUAUUGCGUGGAAAACGCUCGUUGAAAAACCUUAAUGAAACAGACAAACCUAUUAAAUUCCAUCACACGAUUGACGAAAUAAACGAAGAUACCUUGAAAAACUCAAACAUAUCUGGAACCCUGGGAGUGAGAAAAAUCGAACCUGUCGCGAAGCUCAACAGAAGAUUCGGUGUGUUUAUUAAUUCAACCACUGAUCCCCUUCAUAUAGAGUAUAACAAUCCAACAAUAUACAAUAAUCACAUUGCAGAUAACAAAAUUGAGCCAACUCAAUUUGCGGCGCAUGACGAUGCUCUGGCCAAGGAAAAAGUGAAAAAUAUUGUGAAUUACACUCAAAACGUCAAAGAUAAAGAACUAUCUAAAAUUAUAGUAAAUGAAUUGAAGAAAGGAGAAGAAACCAUAGGUGAUCCAAGUGCACCAGUGGCAUCUAAUAUUACAUUUACCCCAGAAAAAGACACUCUAACAGCAAUGGCGUACAUUGCCGGUAACCUGUUAAAUAAACUAUGGAAUUUGGAAAAAGAUACAGACGACUCAAUAGAAACGGAUAAUAUGAAAAAUCAGAAAAUUGCUGAUUUGCUUGAUUUGUUUAAAGAACCAUUGACUUAUAGACAAGAAGUAUUCUUAAAAGACGCUUUGGAACAUUUAUCAGAGGCCGUUAAAAAUAAUAAAGAUGACACACAUGUAUCUCUGUGUGAAACUGUAGAUGAGUUAAAAAAGGUAUUGAAGGCGAGGAGAAACCACAAGAAGUAAAACAGCCACCAAGUACAGACAAUGGGUUGUCUAAAUUAAUCGAAGUUCUUAGUUUGAUAAAAAAAUAUGAAUUUGUGCAAGCCAAUCUUCAGAGCAUUCAACAUCCAAAAGAUAUAUCGACCCAUACUACGGAAGAACCUAAUUUACGUACAGUUAAAAAAGAUGGUAGUUCACUUAACCUGUUUGGUAAUAUUUUGGAAAAAAUAACCAAAUUGCUCAUGCCAAACAAUAAAAGGAUGAAAAAAAGAAUAAAAAAUCAGAACAUUUUAAGGAAUACUCAUCAUUUGGAAGAAGACGUUAAGAAAACAUUUCAUAUUGAUAUAGAUGGAACGAAACUUACAUCUGCAGAUAAACUUAUUUUAGAUUAUAUAAAUAGAUUGCAGUCGAGCCCAUGUCCAUUGUCAUAUCAGCCGGAGGAUAAGUCAAUGCGGAAUAAACAAAGUGACAUUUUACUUAAUUUAUCAGAGUUUUUCAAAAUAAAGUCUUAUUCGGACCUAAUGAAUAUUGUUGACCCCAAACUACAAAAAACUACAACUCAACCAACACCAACUACGGUUGAAGUAAUAUUUAAAGAGAGUCGACGAACGUCAGAAAACAAAACAAGUAUGGAUAUCGAAAACAAUAAUAUGAUAAAUAUAAAUGAUAAACUCAAACUUCACUUAAAGGCUAUAGUUAAUGACCUAAUUGAAUUACAAAAUGAAAAAGGAAAGGAUACAAGAGAUUUUAAUAUUGCAGACGCAUUGCCUUGUAUUUAUAAUAUAUUAAAUCAAGAAAAAGACCAGGUUAAAGAAAUUAAGCUUAAUACACAGAGUGCAUUACUGAGCAAAAUUAAAAAUGUAUUAGAAGCGGUUAAAAAAGACAUCCGAGAAACGCCUCUAAGUCGGAGAAGUAUGAAUGCUGGUCCAAGGCCAAAGUCAGCUGUAGUUUGGGAACGUGUAGUUAAAAGUUUAGGACAAAAUCCUAAAUCAACUAGAAGAUUUAUCAAAGUCACGAAACCUCAAUCAUUUGAAGUAGUAAAGAAAAUGAUAGACAACUUGGAAAAUAAAUCUAACACCUAUAAAUCUGUAGCACUAAAUAAAAAUAUACCAGCAGCUGAUAUGUUAAUGUUUUUGAGGACUUUAUCAAUGGAUACUAUGAGUUAUGCUACCAUAAUAGGAAAGUUGCUUGCGUUGAAUCGUGAUAAUAAGCUACCAGAAAAAGAAUUGAACGACCUUCUUGAUUUUGCUGAUACUGCAACCACAAAUUUGGAGUUAAACACAAAAAUCGUAAGGAAUCUUGAUAAGCCUAAACAGAAAAGAUUCGAUGUUGAGCCUAAUAAAAAACAAGCAAAAUCAAACAAAAUGACUGAUAUUGAUGAUACUAUUACGUUAAACAACAAACUUUCACUGAAUGAUAUCAUAAGGAAAAAAGUUAAGCAAUAUAUGAGAAUUAAGGAAUCUGCAAAGGCUACUGGAGAUAUGGGUUAUGAUAUAGCUCAAAGGAUCUUGUCGAAUUUAGACAAAGGAUGUGAUAAAUUAGCCCGGGAGCUGUACAACAUUUUAAUUGACACUAGUAAACGAGAAAAAGGUGCUCCAGCUCCAGCAUCAAAACCAGUCAUGAGGGGUCGCAUGUCACUGAGUAUGAGCAAGCGACCUCAAUCUUUAGAUGAUCCAUCAAAUAAGCAGUGGGCUUCUGAAGACAUGUUUAUGAAAUCUUUACAAUCAGCCUUUGAAAAUUUAAAAGCCGUUUAAUACAGUACUUUUUAGUUAAGUUAAUUUAUAUUUUGUACGUUUUUAGAUGAAAUUGAUGAAUAAAAAAACAUAC